AUGAAAAGUACAAGGCAGUGGGGGAGGAUCUCCUGGGUUCCCAAGUCAUCAUUGUUCUUCUUGCUCCUCUUCACCACAUACCAAGCAUUUCCAUACUUAUCAAGAUACCACACUAACACCAUUUAUUAUUACACAUUAUUCCAUUCUGAAUCACUUCCUAUGAUUUCUGUCUCUCUCUCACACACAAAAGCAUCCCUAAGGCAUCUUCCUGGCAAACAACUUGCCAGUGAGGACAGCUACAUCUCUGAUCAGAAUUUUGUGCAAGUUUUCACAGUGGAAAAGCUGCCACAGUCUUCGCCCUUCCUUCUUUGA